AUGCUCUACGACCUCAACAUCCCGUGGUCCCCAACCACGCCCUCGGCCGAACUCUCACGCACAAUCUCCUUCGCCUCCUCCCUAGGCUACACAGUCCUCGCCCUCAACCACACAAUAACGCCCCCAAUCCCGUCGCAAAUCACAAACCCGCUACCAAAGCUCCCCCAAUCAAUACCCGAAACACCAUCACAACCACAACAACAGCAACAACAACAAAAACAACAUCCGACAAUCCUUCACCGCGCCACGGUCAUCCUCUCAGAUCCCUCCCAGAACUACCGCCUCCCGACCCUGGCCCUCGCCUACGACCUCCUUGCCGUCCGCCCCACAACCGAAAAGGCCUUUCAGGCAGCCUGCCUCUCCAUGUCUGAGCCCUCCCUCAUCUCCCUCGACCUGACGCAGCACUUUCCCUUUCACUUCCGCCCGAAGCCCCUCAUGGCCGCCGUCUCCCGCGGCGUCAAAUUCGAGGUGUGCUACUCCCAGAUCCUCACCUCCUCUGCCGCUGCUGGUAGCGAUUUCGGACCGCCGCCCGACGUGAGGGCGCGCGCGACCUUCAUCUCCAACUUUGCCUCGCUCGUCCGCGCGACAAAGGGGAGAGGGAUCGUCGUCAGCAGCGAGGCGCGCGGCGCGCUGGGUCUGAGGGCGCCCAACGACGUUGUGAACCUGCUCGCCGUAUGGGGUCUUGGCAGCGAGAAGGGCACCGAGGCGUUGGGGGUCAACCCGCGCGGCGUCGUCAUCAACGAGGGCAUCAAGAGGAGCGGAUUUCGGGGCGUCGUGAACGUGCUCGAGGUCGGUGGGCGGGCGGAUGAUGCGAGGAAUCAGCAGCACCAGCAGGGGAAGAGGGAUGGAAAACAGGGCAAGGCUUCGAAGCAAGGCGGUGGUGGUGGCGACAAGGGCAAUGCGCAAAAGCGCAAGACGCCUGAUGAGGCGGGCGAUGGCGCGCAGCCUACGAUCAGCAAGAGGCAAGCCAAAAAGUUGAGAAUGGCGCUGAAGGAAAAGGAAAAUGAGGUCUCGUAG